ACGUAUCCAGCCGCCCUGCCAUGGGCAACCAGCCCGGUGUGGCCAGGAUGGACACCUCGGACCCGGACGGGACACCGUCAGUGAUCCGGCGGAAGUCCAGUGAAGCGGCCAGGCAACAACGCACGCCAGCUGGUGGCGGACCCCUGUCUACCAUCGAGUACCAGGAGAAUCUUCACGAAGUUAGAGCUGUCCUGACUGAUAUAAUCAAUCGUGUGGAUUGCGAGCCAAGUUCCGAAGCGGGAGCGGAAACUUCAGGCGACUACGAAGAGGAUAUGGCAAACAGGACGUUUACCACUAGAUCCCUGGCUGCCCAAUUGAAGGACUUGCCCUGUGUGCCUGAGGCCACCGCCGACCACGCCGGCGAAAAACCGCCCACUAGCGUUGACGACGAAGCGGAACAUGCGUUGCCUGAAGCCCUGGCAGCCCAAUUGAAGGACUUGACCUGUGUGCCUGAGGCCACCGCCGACCACGCCGGUGAAAAACCGCCCACUAGCGUUGACGACAAAGCGGAACAUGCGUUGCCUGAAGGUCAUGCAAUCACGCCGGGUGGUCCUUGGAGCUCCUGGGAUACGUGGCCACAAUCGUCGAGCGCUUUUCUUGGCGACGACACCAACAAGAGCGAACUGGAUUUGACUUUCACCACGGCGAAGGGCUCUCCCUUGGGGGCCACUGGCUACUUCAACAUUAGCGGCAACGACGCUAGCGCUCCUGCGCCAGUCGUGCGACGAAAAGUGAAUACCCCGGCAGUCUCUACCUUAGAUGAAAGUCAUCAUCAGCCGGACAGUCUUGAAGAAGUGUUAGAAAGUACUCUGGAGUUGCCAAGUGUGCCGUCUGAGCACAGCAGCAGGGAUGCGACUUUCUUUGCUGGCGGGGACACUCUCUUGCUUCCAGAAAGUCGCAAUGCUUCAACGAAAGCAUGUGGAUCACUCAGUCCUGGUGUAAUCAAUGAGACUGUAGCACCAUUUGAGUUAUAUGACCAAAACGUGAACCUCCUUGAGCCUUCGGACUUGCAGAAGCUGCCAGAUGCUCCAGUGCUGCACGACACGGACUUGCUUCCACAUAUUGGCAAUUCCUCUUCUCCAAGUGCUUUAACUGGAAGCAACGAAGAUAAAAAAACUUCCGACGCCGACAGCAAAGCCAAGGAUUCAAGUGGUACUUAUGGUCAAGAUGGAGCGUUGACCUUUGGCAUCACUGACUCCAACGACAACGUGGUGACCUCACCAGGGGAGGCAAGCGCUGCUGGAACUGGCGUGAUACCAAAGUCCUCUGGUGCAGCUGCCGUUGGAUCUAGUGCCCAGUGCUCUGCAGACAAGGAUAAAACGGAGGGAACAUUACCCGUGGAUUCUGAGGCAGGCCCCGAGGUUGCUCAGUUUUCUGAAGAGGAGUUCAAGGCAGCUGCUGACCACUAUAAGGAAGAUUUUGAAUUUCUUGUAAAAGUGGGCAGCAGCCGGCGGCUGGGCAGAACCAGCCUAGGGCGCUGCACGCUUUACCUUUUUGACCCUCUUUGUCGUAGAAGUAGUGAUGCAUCUGAAGAUCUGACGGCUAAAUGCAAAGCUUCACCUGCACUUUCGAACAAGAGUGACCUGACCAACCUGAAUAAAUCUACUGGCAGUGACCUACUGGAAUUCUCGUCACCUGUAAAGGGCUCUUAUUCUCCAGUACGUCCAGAGCCUAUUCAAGAGGAGCAAAUGUUUUCAGAGAAGGAAAUGUCGCAGGCGCUCAAGUACCAGGAGCUGAUGUUUCAAGAGCGCCUUCUUAAAAAGGACCAAGAAUGUGUUCGGCAGCUGGAAUCUGUUAGACAAGAAAUGGAGAGCUACCGUAGCAAGCUUGAAGACAGCCAGAAAUUUUUCAAAAUGCAAGAAAAGGCUCUGCAGAGCCUUAGUAGGGACAAUGAAAACAUGUUGGAAGCCAUGCGAUCGUUCACCAAGGAUGCCGAGGAAAAGUUUGCUGAGCAAGAAGACGACAUGCAGAAGGUUGUGAAGGAGCGUGACCAGCUUGCAGAAGAUCUACAGAAUAUGGAAAUGACUUUUGCCGACUUCCACCGGCGUUAUGAGAAAGCCAAGCAAGUCAUGUCUGUUAUGAAGGAGAAUGAAGCUCUUCUGAAACGGCAGUUAGCGGAGGCUAAUGAAGCCUUGGAGAAGAAAUGCCGCAUGGUUCAUGCUAUAAAGACCAAAACUGAGGAAAGCAUUGAAGGAGCUCACAAAGAAGUGGAAAAUACAAAGCGAACCUUUGAAGCAGACAUCACUGUUCUGAAAGGUCAACUCAAAAAGGCUUGUAUGACCAUCAACAGUCUUGAAAAAAGACUUGAGCAGAAGAAUGAAGAGAAUACGGAACUGACAAAACUUUACGACGAUCUCCUCAACCAAGUCAAAGCCAAAUAAAUCGGAAAAGGUGUGCUUUGUUCUGGCCACAGCUGCACUAUGAUUACUUAGGCAGUAGUUUGUCAUGUCAUGUUUGAAAUGCACUAAUUUAUGGUUUCACUUGUUCGUUGGCAUUGGCUAAAUGUCUUAGCUGAUUGAGGAAUGUCUGUGUCUGAUGCAUCUUUGUUUGCUUUCAUAAGCUGUCCACAUCUCACUCCUGUUUGGUGUGAAUAGACUCUUAUAUUUUACAUCCUUGGGUAAGGGAUGCAGACUGCUGGGUGUACAAAAGAACACAAAUAUAUGUGAAGGUGUGAAAAUCCUUUGUUUUGUGCAGACACAAAAUAUAAAACUCCCUAUUGACAACCAGAUUUCAUUUGGGCAUUGCUAGACAAUAUUGAUCACUAUAAUCUUCUUGGGUACUUACUUAAACAAAGUGUAAGCUUUUGUGCUGCAUUACUCAUUUGUUUAGAUGCCCUUGAACUUUAAUCUGUCUGUAUUUUGAUUGCUUCUUUUUAGUGAACACAGAAGCACUAUAUUCCUGUCAUAGCAAACAAUGUAUUAGUUUCUUCUACUGUGCAUGCAUGAAAGAGACGCCAAAUAUUUGCUUUUAGUAUUG